UGGCUGCUAGGUGAGAAGAGCGGAUGGGCCGCAUCCUUCUGCGAGUGAGGCGCUUCCACUGAAAGGACCGUUAACUCGGGCGGUGCCGAGUUAAGAUGAUCGAUAUCCGACCCGAAAAGCACCUCGAAACUAUUGUACAUAUACUGAACGUCGUCGUUCAAAUCGCACCUGCCGUCAGCAUCCCAUCGUAGUGGUGAGUUCUGCCUGCUGAUCAGAGGAACCUGACGUCAUGGCAGUGAAGGACCGAGUUGAAGCGGUGCUCAAUGUGGGUCUGCGUGUCCCCAGCAUUAUGCUGCUGGAUGUCCUCUACCGCUGGGAUGUCAGCUCCUUCUUCCAGAAGAUCCAGCGCUCCAGCCUCUCCAACAAUCCACUGUUCCAAUACAAAUACCUAGCACUAUACCUGCACUAUGUAGGUUACAUCCUGAGCUUGGUGCUCCUGACUCUGCCUCGUCAGCACCUGGUUAAACUCUACCUGUAUGUCCUUACGGCCCUGCUGCUGUUUGCUGGUCACCAAGUCUCAAGGGAUUAUGUCCGCAGUGAACUGGAGUCGGGCUAUGAAGGACCGGUGUACCUGGAACCUCUCUCCAUGAACAGAUUCACCACUGCCCUCAUAGGUCAGCUGGUGGUGUGUACGCUGUGUUCCUGUGUGAUGCAGACCAAGAGGAUUUGGCUUUUCUCUGCUCAUCUUCUCCCUUUGGUGGCCAGACUGUGUCUGGUGCCACUGGAGACCAUCGUCUUCAUCAAUAAGUUCUCCAUGAUAUUCACCGGCCUGGAGGUCAUCUACUUCCUGGCCUCCAACUUACUAGUACCAUAUAACCUGGCAAAGACGGCCUACAGGGAGCUGGCUCAGGUGGUGGAGGUGUAUGGGCUGCUAGCUUUGGGUAUGUCCCUCUGGAACCAGCUGGUCCUUCCAGUUCUUUUCAUGUGCUUCUGGCUGCUGCUGUUCGCUCUGCAGAUCUACUCCUACUUUAGCACCAGAGACCAGCCUACCUCAAGGGAGAGGCUCCUUUUCCUCUUUCUUACCAGUAUUGCAGAAUGUUGUAGUACGCCGUACUCCCUGCUGGGUCUCGUCUUCACCGUCUCCUUCGUCGCUCUGGGUGUUCUCACGCUCUGCAAGUUUUACCUGCAAGGCUACAGAGCCUUUAUGAACGACAACACCAUGCACAGGGGGAUGACGGAAGGCAUCACACUGCUAAUCCUCGCUGUCCAGACUGGCCUCAUUGAGCUCCAGGUCAUCCACCGAGCCUUCCUCCUCUCCAUCAUCCUCUUCAUCGUCGUUGCUUCGAUCCUGCAGUCCAUGCUGGAGAUAGCAGAUCCCAUAGUCCUGGCUCUGGGAGCAUCAAGAGACAAGAGUUUGUGGAAGCACUUCCGAGCUGUGUCUCUCUGUCUGUUCCUGCUGAUCUUUCCGGCCUACAUGGCCUAUAUGAUCUGUCAGUUCUUCCACAUGGACUUCUGGCUUCUCAUCAUCAUUUCUUCGUCCAUCCUCACCUCGCUGCAGGUUCUUGGUACGCUCCUGAUUUAUAUUCUCUUCAUGGUCGAAGAGUUUCGUAAGGCCCCUGUAGAGAACAUGGAUGAAGUUAUCUAUUGUGUCAAUGGGACCUAUCGAUUGCUGGAAUUUCUAGUUGCGGUGUGUGUGGUGUGCUACGGCGUAUCGGAGACCGUGUUUGGGGAGUGGAGUGUGAUGGGAAGCACCAUCAUCCUGGUCCACUCUUAUUAUAACGUGUGGCUCAGAGCCCAGCUGGGCUGGCAGAGCUUCCUGCUCAGGAGAGACGCCGUAAACAAGAUCAAAAGCCUCCCCACAGCAAGCAACACACAGCUGGAGCAGUACAACGACAUCUGUGCCAUCUGCUAUCAGGACAUGAGCACAGCGGUGAUCACUCCGUGCAGUCAUUUUUUCCACGCUGGCUGUCUGAAGAAAUGGCUUUAUGUGCAGGAGACGUGUCCUCUUUGCCACUCGCAACUCAAAAGCCAAUCACCAACCACUGGCGGUGUCCCCAACCAAGAUGCCCCCGCAGCCAAUCAGAAUCCUGCAGUGCAGGAACACGCCACAGCCAAGAAGCAGGAAGAAGGUGUUCUUCAAGAUGAUGGGAAGGAGGAGGAAGAGGAGGAGGAGGGACAGGUAGAGCAGGAGCGAGAAGAAGGACCUGACAUGUCAGCUGGAGAAACUUCUUCUUCCUCCUGUGGUGUUCCUCCUGCUCCUGAGCACAGUGUCGAGACUCUUUCAUCACCUUCAUCCCCACUCACGACUGAUCAUCUGCAGGACCAGUCACCCCCCGAUCACCCCUCUAUGUCUUCCUCCUCCUCGUCUGACACGAUGGACACAUCCCCCUCUCCUCCGUCUCCCCCUGACGCCUCCAUCCCUUGCAUCUCUCAGCACUUGUCCUCAGAGCGACAGGCCGAGGCAGAGAUGACCCGUGCUGACCCUGAACCUGCCCCAGUGUCGACACCAGACAGCAGGGAUUCAUCAUCACAGCCUGACCCACCCUCUCAUGCGCCUGACAAAACGUCUUCUCCUUCGAGCAGCAGUCUCUGAACUCCACUGAAACACACACACACAGCAUACAUGCAUCGCAUGCACAUAAAUGACACUCAAUCUGCUUGCAUUCUACGUGUCAAGCAGUUUGCUUUUCCUGUCAUGUCAGAAAGUCAACUCCAAGCCCCCUUCAUAUCCACUUUGACAGGACAAACCAAAACAAUCUCCAAGCAGACAAAAAGUUCCACAGGAUUCCAACCUCACCACAUGAUGCGGUCCUCUUGAAACAGUGAAACCAAAUGUGUCCGAGUUAAACUCAUGCCAGCAAUGGUUCCAUCGUAGACCGUAUAUAGAAAAUACGCGUAGUUCUCCGGUUCUGAAGCCCAAAAACCUCGGAUGGAAGUAAGUGUUGUCCACCAGGGGGCGACUCCACUGGUUGAAGAAAGAACUGGGUUUGAAUGGAAAUGUAUGGGGGCGAAAUGAGCCCACUUCUCACUUUGAUGGUGACGUCUGAAGAUUUCCAGAAGCAGAAACUGUCAUGUCGAAUCAGGAAUCUCAAGGUUUCACAGUGGGGGUUUGUUUUGCAACCGGAGGACUGCAUCCAUAUUUUAUAUACAGUCUGUGGGUGGGUGUCUUUUUUUUUUUCUUUUUUUCCACUUGUCUGUAUUUCUUUUAUUAUUGUUUUGGGAAUGAUUUAAACUUGAUGCAAAAAGGGGGAGAGCAGUAAUCUCAUCUCCAUCCACCAUCACGUUCACAAAAUGUGAAAAACCUUGAAUGAAGCUGAAGUCACCACAUCAGUCAACGCUGCUUGUGUCUGUCCAAUCCCAGACAUUUCAUGACUCCCAUCCUGCCUUUGUUUGCGUAGCUUGGCCGUCAUCGCGUUUGGGUUUUCGACGCAUGUGCCAUGAUGUCACUGAGGAAUGAGCCUCGACAGACUUACCGAUAACUAAUGGUUACAUUUGAAAAGAGUCUGAACAUUUCAUAAAGUUUUAGUUUUUUGGGUUUUUUUUUUGUAGCUGUGAGUAUUAGUGAUUACGAAGCGUUAGCAGACUGAAUGUCAUUUCUAGAGGCCGUCACGUGACCUGAAGCCUGGUGCUAAGCAGAGGAUACAUGGUGUGGUCUCGCCCAGUGUUGCAGAAAUGAAUUUCACGUGUCAAGCUGUCUCUUGUCAUACUGCUACAGAUUGUUCCUUUUGAUUCAGAUGUGUUUGGCUGGUUCCAGCAAAAACUGCUAUCGCCAUACUUUUGUAUUAUUAUUAAAGAGGUUUUUCUUUUCUUUUUUUUUUAUUAAAACAUUACGGCAUCAUAUUAACGCCGUGCAGGGCAGAAUGGACUGAAAAGACGAGGCAGAUGAGGGAGACGAAAGUUUGUCCUCAUUAGCUUUGCUUCGUUGUGGUACUCCUCAUCCUGCCGUUCAACCAGAGCGUCCCAUGUUUUCCCAUCCAGUCUGAUAAAUGGUUGAGUUUCUAUGGUGGAAGCUCAUCACCACGUCCAUUCAGUCACAUUCAAGCAACCCCGCGUUGAUUCUUUCUUUUUUCCCCACCAUCACUAUCCUCUCACUGCUCGCUCACUUCACCCCCAUGAAAUGUUUAUACCAGCAAACUGAGCUAUGAUAGCUUCUUCUUUUUCUUGUUGUUUUGCUUCUUUCUUUUUUUCCCCCUUUCCCACACACACACACGUGCUAUGUAUGCGUUGAAAAGUCUUCGAGUAUCUAAUUGAAAGACUUGAACUUGAGAAUGCCGAGUCCUGAUGCACGCUUGUAUGUAGAGCUUGCACGCCGCCACGGUUACCAUAGCAUUUAUUUGUCCACUGUGUGCUCUCACCUCGCUACCAAUGUUUUUUUUCUUUAUAUAUAUAUAUACAUACAUACAUAUAUAUAUAUAUUCUUUUUUUUGUGUCGCAUUUGCACUAAUGUCAUUUAUACUAGCAAUGCUCCAAAGCUGUUUUUGUGGCUGUCGACAACCAAAUACCCACGACGUGUUUGUGUACGAGGAAGCGGCCCGAACUGUUUGUGUGUGAUGUAUAUAAAUGUCGCUCUGUCUGGUGUCUUAUAUUAAAAACCGGAGGAGUGUCGAUAUGUAAACAUGGCGGGGCUGGGACUCUCCAAAGCUUCUGAGUGGUUCACUUGCUCUUUGCGUCUUUUCUUACACGAGAACAAAGACAAACCUGUGGCCCGAGAAGCUUUUGGGGACAGCCAGACCUUCUUCCCUGAUGUGAGACCAGCCAGUGUUGCUGCCUCUCCUCUCGUGUCCGUAUGACGCAUCCUCAACGCUGGUGUGAUCACUCUGGUGCCCUCUACUGUUAGGAGUGGGAUCAGCAUGGUGCAGAUGGCCAGGAGAGGCAGAGGUUAAGCCUCAACAGUAUUACUUAUGACCACUAUUUACUAAAAAUGCUUAAUGCCAUGAACGACUUUAUCUUCAACACCGGGAAGCCGAGCACUGGCCGCAGGGCUGAGAAUGAAUACAUGAAUUUAUGUAGGAUCAAACCUGCCCCAAGUGCUGCUCCACUUGUUUGUGUUUAUUAUUUUAUUUUUAAAGAGAUGAAAUGUUUAGAGUUUGAUGUAUUUUGCACAUGUUCCUCUGAAAAGUGAACAUAAGGACAUUCUGUAUUCUCAAACCUCUCACGUUACGACCCCCUUUUCCCCCUUUGUUUUAUUUUUUAAAACAAAGCACUUAAAAGUGGUCGCGGAGCUCGUGUGGCACAAAGACGCCACGUGCGGGGUGAUAAAUGUCAUCGGUAACUGUAUUGAUGAACGGCGGCGCGGAGAAGCCUGGCAGCUCUCGAUUCCUCACGUGUUUGCGGCGUUUUUUUUUUGGGAGAAAUACAAUGGAAUGUUAACCGGGUUUAUCUGAUCGACAGAGACGUUCUUUACAUUGCAGAACACCUGAGGUUCCAGCUGUGUGUUUGACGUCAUGUAAACAAAUGGGAGCCAAAGUGCCAAAUAAAUGCAUUGCAUCAAGUAUAUACUCCGUCAGGAGCUCAUGGUACAGUUUUCAGUCUUAAUGUUUAUUUUGUUGUGCUGGAAUCUUAAUAGUCAAAUCCUAGGCGUGUAGUUAAUGUUCUCCAUUACUUUUAAUGGAGAAAUCACUUGAAAUAUUACUACAUACAGUUGGUUAUUCAUUCAUAAAACAGCUCAAGUAAAGCAGACGUGAUCAUGGAAUCUAUAGCUGCCAUCGCUCUCUGUAAGCACUCGGUUAUUUUGCCUCUGACUCACAUGUCAUGAUUAUGGGUUUGUACGAAUUGACUUUUGUUUCAUUUCUGGUUUUGUUUUUCCAUACGUUCAUUUAGGACCUGCUCUGUAAAACCAGACUCCGAAUGCCAGUCGUAUAUAUUCUGUUUAACCGCUCCAUGUUUGUUUUUUUUGGGGUUUUAUGUCUGGCAUUGCCUUUUGGUUAUUCUCCAAACAAUUGAAUGUCAGAAAUAAAAUGAACCAUCCACUCUG